AAGAAGCCGCAGGCUCCACUACAAGCCAGGCCGCCAUCCCGUGAGUUCGGUACUCAGUGUAGCUGUGCAUACAUCGCCAUGCCGGACGCCAAGCGGGGACCCGUGCACCGUUUUCGCGAUCACGCGGUCGCAGGCGUCAACUGGCGACCGACGCGGUUUGUCGACGACGUGCCCAACGUGCGCGUGUGCGGCCUCUGCCGCAUGAUUCCGUUGCGGACGCUGGUACUGCCUUGCUCGCACGUCCUUUGCCAGCCCUGCUACGCAGACAACUCCCAGGGAGGCGUUACGUCGUGUCCCUUGGAUCGAGAGCCGUUCGGGGAAACGCAGUGCGCCUUUGUCGAGCUGUGCGCGCGGGAAGCGAACAAGUGGAAGGUUCAUUGCUGGAACGAAUCGCACGGCUGCAAGUUUGUCGGCACCGCGGAUGAACUGCUGCGUCAUUACGAGACCGAAUGCGCCUUCCACACGGUGGAAUGCCUGCGUUGCGGCGAGGGCGUCCUACACCGCGACCUGUCGGCGCACUUCGCGGCCGGAUGCGCCGUCUCCGACUCUUCCGCGGCCACGCAGCAGCCGCCCUUGAGAGCUGCGGGCGUGACGCUUCGGGACCUGGGCCACGCGCUGGAGGACAUAAAGGGGCUCUCCAAGGACGUGCGGCCCGACGAGCUGCUCUCCGGACUUCAGAGCCUGAUCGCCAACCUCGCGGAGACCGCCCGGAACCGGAGGGCCAGGUUCGCGGACAUCUCUCGGGCGCUCGGAACGUCCGAGCAGGACCUGAGGGACGAGCUCACCCAGAUCGCCACCGCCGCCGACACGCCCCGGCCCGAGAGUCGGCAGAAUUCGGCGCGCGCAUCCAGCACGUCGCCGUUCUCCUUGGGCUCGGAGAACGGGCUCAUACUCCGCAAGUUGGAGCACUUCGCCCACAAGGCGCUCAACGCCCUGGAGUACUUGCGGCAGAACGUCGCCCGGCACGGUCAAAGCCCGGUGACCGCGUCUUGCGAGCCUCUCGUCGUCUGUUCGGACACCUUUCGGCGUUUCGCCAGUUCGCUGUCCGUGGAACAGGGACUGGCCGAAGUACUCCGGAGCGUGUGCUACGUGCUGACACUCGAAAACGCGAACGAGAUCCUCCUCUGCCGGGAGGACGACGGACGGUUCGCCGAGGUCACCUUGUGGCACACGAGGGACACGUAUCUGACGAUAGCCGUCUCCAAGCGCACCCACGGCGAAACUUGUGACCUCGUUGUGGACGUCGCGUUUGACGGGCUGCUGGCGGGCUCUCGGUGCGUUCUGCAGGACUGGCGCGUGAAGGUGCGACAUCCGGUCAAUGACUGCUCCUUAGGCGGUCCCAACGACGCUCAAUGCGCAUGCGCGCGCGAUCUCGACUCGAUGAAACACUUCCACCGCGAGUUCAACAUAGGCUUGGAUUUUUUGAGAAACGGUGGUUUUCUGAUGGACGGCAAGGUGAUAUUCGAGAUCCACCUAGAGUUAUUGCACGAGACCGUGGUCUGAAGUACUUCACGAUUGUCAGCGCUGUCCGUGCUUCGCGGCGCCAUGUUCUCUUUCCUGCUUCGCGUGCCUGUGCGAUUACUCUUGUCAAGUUCUUUUGCCCCCUUUCUGGCGAUGAAAUAACCGUGUAAUUUGGCGUCAGUUCCAGUUCAUUGUUAAUGCCCGAUUUCAAAGUAUUAUAAACUUGUUUUAGUCUGUGUC